AUGAAGGGCCGAAUCAACAUCGUGAUAGAGCUAGUGAAGGCAAGACCGGAGGUGGCCGAGCAUAGGCUGAGCCACGGCCAAACCGCUCUCCAUCUAGGAGUGAGGCAUAAUCGUUUGGAGACUCUGAAAGUCCUAGUGGAGAUGGUGGGAGAUGGUGAUUUGGUGAACGCUCAAGAUGAUGAGGGUAAUACCAUUUUGCAUUUGGCCGCAGUAAACAAGCAAAUAGAGACAGUGAAAUAUCUGCUUCAAAGAAGUGAAGUGGAUGUGAACAUAAUGAAUAGAAAUGGCUUCUCUACUCUAGAUAUAGUGGAACAUUUUCCAAAGGAUUUCAAAGUCAUUGAAUUAAGAGAACUCUUAGUACAUGCUGGAGCUCUGAGAGCCAUAAGAUUCGGUGCAUCGACAACUCACCAAGCAGUUGUUGAUAACACAAAUGAGGAGAAUUCAACUGUUGUAGUUGACCUGGCAUCUAUAGCACCUCCCUCCACCAAUACUCCUCCAGUGAAUGUGUUUCCGCCAGAGUCUUUCUCGGGUGAUAUCAGGAAGCAGAAGGAAGACAAACACGAGGAAUGGAUCGAGAAGAAGUGA